AUGGAGUUUAUCUCCCUGAGGACUUUCCAUGUUGGUAAUUAUGUCUUCUUGAAAGUUACUCCUAUGCGUGGUGUAACGAGAUUUGGAGUGAAGGGUAAGCUAGCCCCGAGGUAUAUUGGACCUUUUGAGGUUAUCGAGAGGAUUGGGGAGGUCGCUUACCGAUUAAACUUACCAGGACAAUUGGGACAUGUUCAUAAUGUGUUCCAUGUGUCUAUGUUGAGGAAGUAUACUCCAGAUCCGUCACAUGUUAUUGAGUAUGAGGCUAUCCCUCUUCAGGAAGAUGUGACUUAUGAAGAACAACCUGUCAAAAUCUUGGAGAGAGAGUUAAAAGUGUUAAGGAACAGAGAGAUUCUAGUAGUCAAGGUCUUAUGGAAAAACCAUAGGGAAGACGAGGCUACUUGGGAGAUAGAGUCCGAGAUGUAUAUGAAGUAUCCUCACUUGUUUAAUUUUCAACUUAAGGUUGUGCUUUAA